AUGCCUUCCCUGAAGCCCCGAAUUUAUUGCGAUUCCUGGGAUGAUGACUGUAGCAACUCCAGCUGGAACAGUUGGGGUCGCUGGGUCGCUUUUGCCGUCAUCGUUGCCAUCGCCUUUUUGAUAUUCUUUGCUUUCGCUUGCUUCAACGCUCGUCGCCGUCGUUCGCACGGCCAACAGCCCUACACCGGCACAUCAUGGAUGGCACCACCUCCUGGUCCUCCACCACCUCACGAGUCUGGAUACCAGCAGCCUUACUACCCGAACAAUAACGACCCCUACUUCCAGCACCAGCCGCCACCACAGUACUCCGCCAACCCGCAGAACUACGGCUACUUUGGCGCACAGGCACCGCCGCACCAGCAGCAAAAUGGCAUCGAAUUGCAAGCACCUCAGAAUGCCUAUAAUGCUUCCGGUGCCCGAGACUAUGCUCCUCCCACGGGUCCUCCUCCGGCUAAGAAAUGA